CUAAAGGGCUCCUGUAGAACACCUCAACUUUCCACAAGGUCUCAAGACUUCAGAGCUGUAGUUCUUGCAGUGAACCCACAACACACAACUUUGGUAAUUAACUCAUAAGGUAUGAAUACCUUGGCUUGCCUUCUGGUGCUGGGCAUCUACCUUUCUGUCUUCUGGCAUGCUACCACAGCAGGAGAGGACGAAAUGAGGCCCUUCAUUCUCAAAGCCCUUGAGGAUGCUAAGACAAUCGUGGAUAAAGCCUACAAAUAUUCCCAGGAAGAGAGUCUUUCUCGGGUGCAGAAACACUCAUUCAGUGCUUCCGAUGCCCUCCGCCUGGUAAGGCAGCCGUCCAGAGAGCUUUGCUCAGCUGUGAGGGCUGCUGACUACAUGGAGAAUACUCUGAGGCUCAUCCAGGAAAGGCAGCCCCAUGUACAUAAACGCUCUCUCAAUGCCACAGACCUUAUCACCAGAGAGGAGCUACGAGUCAUCAGCCAACUGACAGGCUGUACAGCACGUGUCCAGACCCCAAACUGUCGCACAACUCCAUAUCUCAACAAGUACCGCACAGUCACUGGUGUCUGUAAUAACCUGAAAAACCCACGAAUUGGAGCCUCCAACACACCAUUGGCACGCUGGCUUCCUCCACGGUAUGAGGAUGGCAUCUCACAGCCUGUUGGCUGGGAUCCAACACGACUAUACAAUGGACACCUGUUGCCCCUGGUUAGGGAGGUCUCCAACCUCAUCCUGAGCACUACAGACAAAAGAGUGGAGAAUGACCAUAUCUACUCGUAUUUGAUCACUCUCUUUGGCCAGUGGAAUGACCACGACCUGAGCAUCACCCCUACAUCUCCUAGCAUUCAGUCCUUUAACAAUGGCAUUAAAUGUGACAGAAGCUGUGACCAGGCUGAGCCUUGCUUUCCCAUUCGGAUUCCAAAAGAGGAUCCCCGCUUUGGCAACGACUCCAAGAGCUGCAUCCCUUUCUUUCGCUCAGCACCAGCCUGUGGAACAGGCACCACAGGCCAUGUAUUUGGGGCAGCCAACAUACGACAGCAGAUGAAUGCAUUGACAGCCUUCCUCGAUGCAAGUCAGGUAUAUGGCUCAGAGGACGCACAGGCACUAUUUCUGAGGGACCUCACCAAUGACUUUGGCCUGCUGAGGGUAAAUGAUCGCUUCACUGACAAUGGCAGAGAACACCUUCCCUUUGCCAACACACUUGGCCCAUGUUCCACACGGCAGAAGAUCACCAAUACCAGUGGACUGGAAGAGGUGCCCUGUUUUGUAGCUGGUGAUGUUCGUGUGAAUGAGAACAUUGCCCUGGGAUCAAUCCACACAGUCUUCCUCAGAGAACACAACCGUUUGGCACGAGCCCUGCGGCAGCUUAAUCCACACUGGGACAGUGAGACGCUUUAUCAGGAGGCACGGAAGAUUGUCGGUGGCUACCACCAGAUCAUCGUGUUCCGGGACUACCUGAGGCACAUUGUGGGUCCUGAUGCCAUGGCGCGCUUUCUUCCUGCCUACCCUGGGUAUGACGAGAAUGUGGACCCCAGCAUUGCCAGCGUGUUUGCUACUGCAGCCUACCGCUUUGCCCAUCUGACCCUCCAGCCCCUGGUAUUCCGGCUCAAUGAGAGCUACCAGGAGAACCCUGAGUUUCCAAGUGUGCCGCUUCAUAAGGCUUUCUUUGCUCCCUGGAGACUGAUCUUUGAAGGUGGAGUGGACCCUUUGCUCCUAGGACUGUUGGGACGGCCAGCUAAGUUGGCCACCCAGGACCACAUGUUGGUGGAUGCAGUGCGAGAGAAACUUUUUCAAUUCACUGCAAGAUUGGCACUGGACUUGGGUUCCCUGAACAUGCAGCGUGGAAGAGACCAUGGGUUACCUGCCUACAAUGCCUGGCGCAAGUUCUGCGGACUAUCCCAGCCACGGAAUGAGGAAGAGUUAGCUGAAGUGAUGGACAACCCAGACCUGGCCAAGAAACUCAUUGAGCUGUACGGCACACCAGACAACAUCGAUGUAUGGCUAGGGGGGAUCUCUGAGCCGUUUGUUCCCAGUGGACGUGUGGGACCACUGUUUACCUGUCUCAUUGCAAUGCAGUUCCAGAAAAUUCGUCAGGGAGACAGGCUGUGGUGGGAGAAGGAUGGCGUUUUCACCAGUCAGCAGCGCGAGUCUUUGGCUGCCACCUCGCUAAAUCGUAUCAUCUGUGACAACACUGGCAUCACAGAUGUGCCAAAGAAUCCCUUCUUGUUUCAUCCCUGGGGGACUAGUUACAUCAGCUGCAAUGACGUUCCUGCUUUUGACCUCAGGCCAUGGACGGAGUUAAGCUCUGAUUGCAUUACCUGCCCUCAAGGACCUCCUGGCCCUGCUGGCCCACCUGGAACCAUCGGACCUCCUGGACCUCCUGGUCCCGUUGGUCCACCAGGACCUCCAAGCCCCUCUAUCCACACCGAACCAUCAGCCUUUGCCAUGUUGCUGGGUUUCAGUAACCCUCAACCUAACAAACCCAUUGUUUUCCAACAGACCAUCUACAACAGGCAGGACCAAUACAACAAUCAAACCGGGGUGUUCACGUGCACCACUGCUGGUGUAUACAAGUUUGACUACCACUGCAGUCUGACCAAUGGCAACGGGGAUAUCGUCCUGCAACAAAAUGGGCUGGAGGUGCUGCAGACCUCCAUCUCACCAUUUUUCACAGCUUCUGGAAGCACCUUGGUGCAGCUCAGAUCUGGGGACAAGGUGUGGUUACAGACAAACACCGAGGGCCUCAAUUUCACCGCAGACAGUCACUUCACUGGCCACCUGGUCUUUGCUGUCUAGGCUCGUCUCCUUCAUUAUGUUGACACAUAGAGAAACAUAUGUCUUCCUCCAUACAUUACCUCUGUCCACUCCUGUCUACUUCCUGCCAUUAGGUUCUUUUAUUCUUCAUAACUAUGGAAAUUCUAAAAUAUCGUCAUCAUAUAGACAUCUAUAGUAACAUUGAAACAUUUUUUUGUUGUAUCAUCCAUCUCUUGUAAUGAUUUGGCUUCAGUUAUUCUGUAAUUUUAUGCAUAGUCUUCCCAGUUAAAUCUCUUUUCAAAAGUGUCAGAUACGAAUGUGUACAAUCCCUAGAAACAAUACCUUCUUUGUAGAGUUUGUUGUAAUCCAUAUUCAGUCUUCACUUGCUUCAGUUACUUUAAUUAGUAUGAAAAAAAUGCAUGCUUCCUUUAAUGUAUCUACUUUGAACUCUUUACUUUUAUAUCUAUAUAUUCUCAUAGUAUCAGCUUGCAUUUAGGUAAUAUUUUCUCAUACUCAAAAGGGGCUCAAACAGAAAUAGCUGAUCUCAUUUAACUGAUCCAGUUUAACCUGUUUAGGAAGUAAAUUAUUUCAGCAAAAUUCAAACGUGAAAGAGCAAUUUAUUAAUUAAAGGCAGUAGAUGCAUAAAUUAAUACAAAUCCAGUACAGAUUGUAAGCAAGUCUCAGGUUUUCUACUCUUGCCAAGUGCUGGUGUUUUCCCAUUGGUGGGCAGGUGAGGAAGCCUUUAGCCAGGGAUUUACACACCACUACAAUUAUAAAAGCUGUUUACAAAACAUAAGGUUAUUAGCUAAACACCUGUGCAUUGAUGAUGAUAGUAGGGACAAUGUUUUCUGUGAAUCACUAAAUAAAAACUACUAAUGUUCUAUGACAGUUCACUAAUCUGUUAUCCCCAGCUCCUGCUAAUCUUUUGUACAUUUAGAAUAAUGUUGUACAACAUUCAUUUGAAAAGAUCUACUUGUAUUCAAAUUGAUUUCUCUCCCCUUGUCUAAUAAAA